AUAAAACACCUUGCAUGUAACAACAUUCUAAACGGAAGUAAUUGAGUCUAUCCAAUUAUUGGAGACAAAUCAGCAAAUCCUCCCCCAUUCACUCUAUCCAAUUAAACGGUCUCUCUCACCCUCCUUCACCCCCUUCCUUCCAAUCACAGAAAUGCACUCCUUAAUCUCUACGUCACCAAUUUCUCCAUCGUUCGAACCCUACACUUCACUCACCGCACUUCCUUCUUCUCCGGCACCCUUCAGUUUCCGUUUCUGCGGUCUCCGGCGAGAGGUUCUACAGUUAUCUCAGCCCAAAUACAGAGUAGUUAGUGGUUUAUCAAAGAAGACCGGGAAUUACGUUACAGCAGCUUCGCCAGGCAGCAAUGGAAGUCCUCCAAAGUCUUUUGAUUAUGAUCUGAUUAUAAUCGGAGCGGGAGUUGGUGGCCAUGGUGCUGCAUUGCAUGCUGUUGAAAAGGGUCUAAAAACAGCUAUCAUCGAAGGUGAUGUGAUAGGAGGAACAUGUGUAAACAGAGGAUGUGUUCCUUCUAAAGCUCUUCUUGCUGUUAGUGGUCGCAUGAGGGAACUCCAAGAUGACCAUCACAUGAAAGCUUUAGGCAUACAGGUGUCAGGUGCUGGAUACAACAGACAGGCAGUAGCUGAUCAUGCAAGUAAUCUUGCUUCAAAAAUUCGCAACAAUUUGACCAAUUCACUAACUGCACUUGGUGUAGACAUAUUGACCGGUUUUGGUUCAAUUCUGGGUCCCCAAAAGGUGAAAUUUGGAAAGGAUAACAUGAUAACUGCAAAGGAUAUAAUAAUUGCUACAGGAUCAGUCCCUUUUGUCCCUAAAGGCAUUGAAGUUGAUGGGAAGACUGUUGUUACUAGUGAUCAUGCUCUAAAACUGGAGUUUGUUCCUGAAUGGAUAGCCAUUGUAGGAAGUGGAUAUAUUGGACUUGAAUUCAGUGACGUGUACACUGCACUUGGUAGUGAGGUCACAUUUAUUGAAGCUCUUGAUCAACUUAUGCCUGGAUUUGAUCCUGAGAUUAGCAAGUUAGCUCAAAGGGUUCUUAUAAAUCCAAGAAAGAUUGACUAUCAUACAGGAGUAUUUGCUACCAAGAUCACCCCUGCAAAGAAUGGGAAACCUGUCAUGAUUGAACUUAUUGAUGCCAAAACAAAAGAACCAAAAGAAACACUAGAGGUAGAUGCAGCACUAAUUGCCACUGGAAGAGCUCCAUUCACAAAAGGUCUUGGAUUGGAAAAUAUCAAUGUGGAGACACAACGUGGUUUUGUUCCUGUUGAUGAGCGUAUGCGGGUGAUUGAUGCAAAGGGAAACCUGGUUCCUCACUUAUAUUGCAUUGGAGAUGCAAAUGGCAAAUUGAUGCUUGCUCAUGCUGCUAGUGCACAGGGAAUUUCAGUUGUUGAGCAAGUGAGUGGAAAAGAUCAUGUUCUGAACCACUUAAGUAUCCCAGCAGCUUGCUUCACCCAUCCUGAAAUCAGUAUGGUGGGAUUGACCGAGCCUCAAGCAAAGGAGAAAGCAAAAAAAGAAAAGUUCAAGAUAAGUGUCGCUAAGACAAGUUUCAAAGCCAACACAAAAGCUUUGGCAGAAAAUCAAGGAGAGGGUCUUGCCAAGUUGAUAUAUAGGGCGGAUACGGGAGAGAUUCUUGGAGUGCAUAUCCUGGGGAUGCAUGCAGCUGAUCUUAUCCAUGAAGCAUCCAAUGCCAUGGCAUUAGGCACUCGCAUUCAGGACUUAAAAUAUGCAGUUCAUGCACAUCCCACCCUUUCAGAAGUACUUGAUGAGCUUUUUAAAUCAGCCCAGGUCAAUGUAGAUGAACGCAAGCCAGUAGCAGUAUAAUUCAGGCAAAAAGUAAGCGGCUUACAUCAAACAAAUGCAUAUUCUGAGUUUGUUUUUUUGUUACUUGUGUUCAUAUGUUUACAUUCUGUUUAUAUUUGGGUUUUUUUUUUAUUGUAAAUUCUACUCAAAUUUGUCGUUGUAUUCAAUACUCUUAGGUUAUUCUAAAGAGUUAAAUGCAAGAGCUAGCGAUAUACUUUCA